CUACCUACAACAGAUGAAACUAUGGAAGUUGAAGGAGUUGGAGGAGGUAUCACAACAUUUCAUAAAAGUAUCCAAGUUCCACUACAAAUACAUGAAGAUGAAGUCGUAUGGACAUCUUUCUGGGUGGGACCGAAUUCACAAGGAAGCCUCAUUGGCAUGGACAUACUUCCAUUGUUGAACAUGAUCAUCUUCACUGACAGUCGUCAAAUCGCUACAACAGCUGGGAUAAUACCACACGAAGAUCGCACAUGUAAUUUGAGUUCAGUUGGUGCAGCAAAACCAAUUAUCAGAGACUGGACCAAAGACGGUGUGUGGGGUCUUCUGUGCAGUUUACAUCCAGAAGUUUGGGCUAAACACAAAUUUGAUUGUGGCAAAGCCAACAUUGACCCUGUUGUUAUUGAAGGGCCGACACAUGCCCCUCAUAAACAAUACCCUAUCCGACCUGAAGCAAGACGAGCCGUGGAAGAGAUAGUGGCAGACUUGGAAGCUGAAGGGAUUAUCAGACAAACUUCAUCAACCACUAAUAGUCCUGUCUGGCCUGUCAAGAAAUCGGAUAACUCAUGGAGAUUAACCAUUGAUUACACAAGACUCAACAGUGUAACACCAAAACCGCAUCCUAUUGUGGCCAAUCCUGCCACCAUUCUGAAUGAUAUUCCAGGAAAUGCAAGAAUUUUCACAGUACUAGAUGUACUGUCUGCUUUCUGGUCUAUACCUAUUGACGAAAAAUCUCAAGAGAAACUUGCCUUCACAGUGGGUGCAAAACAGUAUGUCUGGAACAGACUCCCACAAGGACUUAAUAUUUCUCCUGUGGUAUUUCACAGAACUUUGGAUCAGUUCUUAACGGAGCAAAAAGCUGAAAUCGAGAGUUCAGGAAGUGUUUGCCUCCAAUACGUGGAUGACUUGUUAAUUGCAAGCCCAGAUGAAAACAGCCACAUAUUUGCUCUGAAUAUUGUCCUACAAGCCCUUAAGAAAGGAGGAUUCAAAGUCAACCCCGACAAAGCACAGCUGGCCAAAACCAAGGUUAUCUACUUGGGCCAAGAAAUAUCUGUCGAGGGAAGGAGACUGACAACAGAGCGUGUGGAGGCAUUACGGCAACUUCCAAAACCUCUAACAGUUACAGGAAUGAGGAAAGUGAUGGGACUUUUCAACUAUUGUCGUCAGUAUAUUCCUGAUUUUGCCAGCAUCACCAGCCCCCUCAUUGACUUGUACAAGGGAGGAAAGCCUGGAAUGGAACAGAUAAACUGGACACCGGAAGCUGAGGAAGCAUUUACUUCAAUGAAAGAAAAACUGACUUCAGCCCCAGCCUUGGGACUUCCUGAUGGACGAUUGCCGUUUCAUUUGUGGACCAGGGUGGGAGAUGAGACGUACUCAGCAGUACUGUGUCAAAAACCAGGUGAUCGAUACAAACCAGUUGGAUACUUUUCCACAAAGAUUCCUGUUACAAUGAUUGGUCAACCACGAUGUAUACAAGCUCUCGAUGGUGCCACAUGGGCAGUGGAUGCUGUGGAAAAUUUGAUAGGAGCACAAACAAUCAUAUUGCAUACUCCACACAGUAUAGUGACGUUGCUGAACAACACAAACAUCAAGACCAUUACUGAUGCAAGGAGAGCAAAAUGGGAAGCAACUUUGUUGAACAAGGAUUUGAGAGUGGAAAUCAUCAGAGACACAUCCCUUAACCCUGCAACAAUGAUGAUCGAACCACACGAGGGAACACCACAUGAGUGUGAAAAACAAGUAGAAGAAGAAAGUCUUGGUCCUGUUAGUCCAACACCUCUUGAAAAUCCAGACAAGGAGUUAUGGGUCGAUGGAUCCAGUUACUAUGUUGAUGGAAAACGACAUACUGGAUGGGCUGUAGUGGAAGCUGAUGGAAAUGUCGUGAAGAAAGGAGCUCUUUCUGGGCAUUUUUCAGCACAAGUAGCUGAGCUCAUAGCACUUGCAGAAGCUUUCGAAUUAUCGGAAGGACAACGAGUCAACAUCUACACAGAUAGUCGUUAUGCUUUUGGAGUGGUCCAUGACUACCUUGCCCUGUGGAAAAAACGUGGACUUAUCACCAGCAAUGGGAGCGAAAUACAACAUGCUUCCAUAAUUCGUCGUUUGAUUGCAGCAUGUCACCUACCCAGAGAAGCAGCCGUGAUCAAAGUAAAAUCACAUCAAUCUGACAAGUCCAAAGAAAGUCAAGGAAACACGGCAGCAGAUGCAGCGGCCAGAGAAGCAGCACUACUUCCUCUUACUCCUGUUACCUUGGUACAGGAAAACACCAAAGAUAAUCCUGAGCUCCGCCUUCUGUCAUAUCAAACUGAGACAGAUGAAGAGAAAGAACAAUGGAUAAAAGCGGGAGCGAAAGAGGAUGAUCAAGGUAUCUGGAGAAUUCCAACAGGACAAGUGGUGAUGCCUAUCGGAACAAGAAGGGAACUAAUGCAGCUGUAUCAUGGAAAAGUACAUGCUGGAGCAAAAGCAAUGAAAGCUCAAAUCAGCGAGACGUGGUGGUGGCCACGAAUGAUGAGAGACAUUGAUGAUUACUGUAGAAGAUGCUUGAUAAGAGCAAUGGUUCUGCCUCCUGAUGCUCCGCCGCCUGCGGGAACAGGAGGAGACUCUACUUUGUUCCAAGAGAAGCUACGACGCUAUCUUGCAAUGCUGGACAAAGCAAUCAAAGACAAUAAUAAGAAAGUGCGAGAAGCUCAACAGCAAUGGGAUGAAAAACAUACCACUACUGACAUUCCACACAUUCCUGAGUUAGGCAGUUUUGUUAUGGUCAAACGUAUUCCCAGGAAAGGUUUAGAACCUAGGUGGGAGGGGCCAUAUGAGGUACUCUUAACAACAGAUACAAGUGUCUGCCUAAAAGGGAAGGGUGUAGGAACAGAUAGAUGGUAUCAUUGGUCACAAGUUAAACCUUGCUUAGUGAAUGAACAAAAUGAUGAAGGCUUAGGACCUGAGAUUGAGCACUGUUCACUCAUUAACUUUGGGAAAAAGGAGUGAUGAUUAAUUAUUUUUCUGCUUCCAUU